AUGUCCUCAGAGAGCCACGACUCCGUAAAACAUAAGACACAGGAGGAGGCAAAGUCUCUGUUCAUGCUUCUCAUCAGGGCCAGCUCGUCCAUCUUAUUCUGGAGUGAGCGAAAGCCUGGAGUGUGUCCUCACUGGCGCUUCGACUUCGGACAUUGUGCUGAAUUUUGCUCUAAAGACAGAGACUGCCCCAAUAAUGAGAAGUGCUGCUCCAACGGAUGUGGCCGUGAAUGCAUGGCUCCUGUCAUAGGAAAGCCUGGAGCGUGUCCUCGCAGGCGCUUUGACUUCGGACAUUGUGUUGAAUUUUGCGCUCAUGACAGGGACUGCCCCAAUAAUGAGAAGUGCUGCUCCAACGGAUGUGGCCGUGAAUGCAUGGCUCCACUCACAGGAAAGCCUGGAGUGUGUCCUCGCAGGCACUUUGCAUAUGGAAGUUGUGCUGAAUCUUGCUCUUAUGACAGUGACUGUCCCAACAAUGAGAAGUGCUGCUUUAACGGAUGUGGACAUGAGUGCACGCUGCCCUACAUAGUAAAGCCAGGAGUGUGUCCUCGCAGGCGCUUUGGCUACGGAAAAUGUGCUGAAUCUUGCUCUAAUGACGGUGACUGCCCCUAUAAUAAAAAGUGCUGCUCGAACGGAUGUGGACAUGAGUGCAUGGCUCCAUACAUAGUAAAGCCAGGAGUGUGUCCUCGCAGACACUUGGGCCACAGACGUUGUAUUGAAUCUUGCUUUAAUGACAGAGACUGUCCCUAUAUUGAGAAGUGUUGCUACAAUGGAUGCGGACAUGAGUGCAUGGUUCCCUACAAAGGAAAGCCAGGAGUGUGUCCUCGCAGGCGCUUGGGCUACGGACGGUGUGCUGAAUUUUGCUCUAAUGACAGUGACUGCCCCGACAAGGAAAAGUGCUGCUCCAACGGAUGUGGACAUGAGUGCAUGCCUCCAUACGUGGUGAAGCGUGGCGGCUGUCCUCUGCCUGAGACCACCCCCAUGUGUGCUGAGUACUGCUAUCACGAUGGUCAGUGUCCAGGAGAUCAAAAGUGCUGCAGGACUACCUGUGGACAUGCAUGCAGUGAGCCCUGCUGAUUAGGAAGUCCAUCAAUCUGCAUUAAACAUCACGGCUCUCCUUUUGUUUAGAUGGACACAUUUUUCUCACAGAGAAAGAGUGGCCUGUUUGCAUUUAUUCCUUGUUCUCUUUUUUACAACAUGUAUUCUUACUUCAGUGUGAAAAACACUUAGUAUGUCUGUUCCAUUUCUAGUUAAAGCCUUAGAGUACGAUGCAUUGUUUUUGUUGUUUUUGUAUGACCAAUAAAAAUAGCCCAAACCCAUA